AUGGUUGAGGCAGUUAUAUUCACAGAUUUUGACGGUACAGUUACCUGGGACGAUUCUAACGAUUACUUAACUGACCAUUUUGGGUUCGGUAAGGAAAAACGUCUCGAAGCUUUUGAUGGUGUCUUGGAUGGAUCCAAGACUUUUAGACAUGCCUUUUGGGAAAUGUUGGAGUCCGUGCACAAGCCAUUGCCUGAAUGUAUCGAGAUAUUGGAACAGCAUAUUGAAUUGGAUCCUGGUUUCAAAGAAACUUUCGAAUGGGCCGAACAAAACAAUGUUCCAAUCAUUGUUGUAUCCAGCGGUAUGAGACCAAUUAUCAAGCAACUUUUGGGUAAACUAGUCGGUAAGGAAGCAGUUGAGAAGAUCCAGAUUAUCUCCAAUGAGGUUGAAAUCGCCGAAAAUCAGGACUGGAAGAUCAUUUACAAAGAUGACUCGUCCUUUGGUCACGACAAAUCGAAGAGUCUCGAACAACAAAAACAAAAGUUUGAGUCUCAGUUAAAACCAGGUCAACAACGUCCAACCUACUUCUACUGUGGGGAUGGUGUCUCUGACCUAAGUGCAGCCAAAGAGUGUGAUCUACUUUUCGCCAAGAAAGGUAAGGAUCUAGUUCGUUACUGUAGAAAAGAAAACGUUCCCUACCAUGAGUUCGAGACUUUUAAAGACAUCCUAGCCUCCAUGAAGCAAGUGCUGGCCGGUGAAAAGACCGUCAAAGAACUGAUGCAAAAUGACCAGUGA